AUGAAAUAAUAAUUAGUAAUUUAAGGAGUGGCCACAGGUUCCUCAACUAAGGUCACUCUCAAACCUAAGCCAGUACAAUAAAAGCCAAAAUAUUAAGCUCCUCCUCCCAAAUAACCUAUAAAAAAACAAACAAAAGCCAAUGUCCCAUAAUAACAACAACCUAAAUAAUAAUAACAAAAGCCUCCUGAAACUAAGGUUGUUCAAUUAACAGAGUCCAUAUUAUCAGAUAAAUCAGAACCUGAUUAGUAGCAAUUUAAAUUGUAACAGGAACCUAUCAAAUAAAAUGAGUUUGCACAAAUUCACGUCCCUGUUUAUGGAGAAGUUACAGUGAAGUACUCCCACUAUAAUGAAAAGUUUCCAAUAAAAGAUGGUUAAUUAUUGGCAAAGGCCAUAGAUGAGAAAUAUUGUUUAUCCUUUGUUUUUCAGGGACAAUACAAAUUGAUUUUAAAAUCAGAAGACAAGAAAUAAACAUUUGAAUUCAGUCGUGGAGGUUGGGAUGGAUGCGAAAAUGGCAAAACCUAUUAUGUAGAAAUCGAAGAAGACCCUAUUCAAGAAGAAUGGGAUCGAAAGAAUUCCAAACCUUAUUAAGCCCCCAAAGAUGAGACUUGUUCAUUGAAAAAUAAAAAAGUGGAAUUGAUAUCUUCAGAACUCAAAGGAAUGAGCAUAGAUGAACUUAAGGAAAAGGGAUCAAAAUAUAAAGAACUUAUUGAAGCCAGAGAUUUGGAAGAUAUUUUAUUCAAAUGA